AUGCAUCCUAAUCCAACAUUUAUCGCGGCAGCGCAGGGUGUUGCCAACAACACAUUCGACCUGCGUCUUCUCCUGGUUUUAACAUUUCCGUUCAUUAUAGCCAUGGUCAUCUAUCAAAAUCAGUCUUGCAGGAAGACUCAAGCAAGUUCUUCACUGGCAUCACCCUUUGCUACGCCUCUACCCAAGCCGCUCGAGGAUUUUGAUCUCUCUGCCAAACGCCCUGAAAAGUAUCGCCCUUUUCGACAUGGGGCCAACCACGUGACGAUGGGGAUUCGACGGCUCGAUUGGAACGAGUGGAUUCAGAUGGACUCCAACUUCCUCUGGUAUCACGAUCUCAAGGCUCGCGAAUUAAAGAAAGAUUUUCCGGCUCAUGUACAGUACGUUGACAACGCCGUAACUCGCGAUGCUUGUUUCGAAGUGCAAGAGGAGCUCGUAAAAUACCUCACUCACCGCUUUCCACGCAUAUUCCAACUUAAAGGCGGCGUCCUACGCAACACAAUCACGAAGGAGGAAUUUCCAUACCCAGCGAAGACGCCAGAAGAGGCAUUAGCAACCUCAGCACUUCUCGUGCAAGAUGAUCUUGUGAUAAUGGUCAAGAACGACGAUGGCUCGUAUCACCUUGAUGCUGCUGCUGUUUGUCUACCGGGGUUCUGGCGUCUCAAGGAGAAGUUCCGAACCUCGCUGGAUGAGCUGCACAUAGAAGCCAAGGUUCCACACUAUCGAACAAGGCUCAUGAAGUCGAUGAAUCGAUUCUUUGAGACUCUGUCUGCUGAGAAGCCCGUAACUCGCAAUAAUUUCUUCAUUCAACUUGACGAUGGCCUCCAUUGGUCUCAUCGAAUGGGCGAACAGAAAGGCGAUAAUGUAGCUUCUUGGGCACUGGCAAACGACAAAGGCCUCAAGAUCGAAGACCUCCAUUUCCGGUCAGAGAGACAAACUCUCCGACGUCUACCGCGCUCGAAGACACUUUUGUUCACCAUUCGCACCUACUUUGAGCCCAUCACUACGAUCGCGAAGGAGCCACAUGUUCCUGGUCGUCUCGCAGAGGCUAUUCGGGCCUGGGACGAGACUGUCUCGACGUAUAAGGGCAAGAGCCAUUGGGAUCAUAUACUUUUGCCGUACUUGGAUGAGCAGGCGGAGCUUCAAAGACAAAAGGGCAUUCUUGAUGAUCAUCCGGAAGCUGAAUUCCCAUACUAG